AUGUACUCCAAUUACAAAAAGUCAGCAAAGCGUCGAGUUCGGGAUGCUCUCAAGCGUGAACAGAAAUCGGGUAUCGUGAGGACGACCCCAGUCAGCAGUAUCCCCUGCAUCCAAGCAUACGAGGAAUUCCAGAGGCAAAAGUUCAAAUUGGCCCCAUUACACGAUGCCCCCACUUCAUCUCAGGGUCCUUCAGCCGCAAAUCCUAGUUCCCCUCCCCACACCUCACCUCAUCCUAUGGACGAAUAUAUAUCUGAGUCUCUUCACGUCAUUUCCGGCAAGGAAAAGACAUGUGAGCCAGCCCCCCCACCGUUACCCCUUGAUAUCAUGUCUAAGCAUGCCAUGCGACGCAACCAUCAGAGGACGCGGUGGCACGUAGAUGUCCUGCCGCGUCUGAUACGACCGUAUAUGAAGUGGAUGCGGGAACGUUCUGCUUCAUCAGAACGAAGUGAACCCCAUCAGCACUGUGAUUGUGCCGGCCCUCACCGAGUGGAUGACGUGCUCUGCGUCUACAUGUCACGGCUUGAGAAGCGGCAGAUAAGGCAUUGUGAAGAGCAAACACUCACUGUGCAGCUCGUCGAAUGCGGCUUGUUUCCCUGUGCCCCAGUCCGACCCAAACUUGCUGUGAGCAUGGUAAUGCUUGACUGGGCCUCUACGCUGUUCUUACACAUGGCACCGAACAUACGGGUGUGGACAACAACUGCCGAAAUUAUGCUUCAGCGUGAAGGGCAUCAUUUCGAGACUGCGAGUUCAUUUCGUCGUCGCUUUAGCAACUCCCUUGUGCACUAUCAAUUGCUCAUCAGACUCGUCGAUGCAGAGAUGGACCGCAUGGCAAGCGCCAUCCCCAUUCCACCUCGUCUUCUGCCUGGCCACCUCCGCGAACCAUCCUCGCCACCUUCAGUCUCAAAUUGCCUUCUGGAAUCAGACAUGGAUGUCGAUCCUUCCCAUCCAGAUCCCAAGAUCCCAUCAGAUUUAACGUCCAGCAUACCCAGCGUUCUUCAAGCUCCGACCGUUCAUGUAAAUUUGGAUGAGAACACUUCGAUCGAUGCUGACUACCUCCGGGGAAGGUGUCCAUGUUGUUUCGGCUCUACAUCUAGUCCCACGUCCGAGUUGUCAGCAGAUUGCAUCGUUUCGUUCGAUGCAAAUUUUCAGCUGAAGAGGAUCAAAGACUAUGAUAGGAGGCCCCAGUACCGCAGAUUGAACAAGAUUGGUUCUCAGGAUCCCAAAAUGACGUCACCUCAAACAAUUGAGGUUCCCCGCGGUUAUGCUGAGAUGUGGCAGAGCAAGGUUGCUGAAAUAUGUGAACCCAAACGGAAUUUUCGGGCUUCGAAAGGCAAAGGAAACAUGGGUAGCGGCAAGGACGAUCUUUCCAAGCAAAACCAUGUCACCCCAGGGCUCAACCUGACAGAGAGCACGUAUGAUGGCUGUGAAGGCUCGUUCACGGCUGCCGACAGGGAGCGCCAGAAGGCAUCCAAGAAGUACUUCGACGAAACGGGCAUUAUGUCUGCUGUCUGUCGUCACGGCAUACCGUUAUUCUACGUCAGCGUUUGGACUCCAGGGGAACAACAGUUCUACAUACUUUCAUUACUCGGGAAGCUUAUAGAGCAUCUCCCUUCGUCGUGGACCAUCGGGUGCCUGUAUGACAUUGGUUGCCAGACUGAUCGUGCGCUUCACAAGUGGAACAUUGCACCUGAGUGGCGGUCACGUCUGGUGUGGGGCGUCUCUAUCUUUCACGCCUAUGGACAUCAAUGGGCUUGUCAGCUAUGGUAUCACCCUCGGAAGGAUCGUGUCUGGGGUCUUUCGGAUGGUGAAGUGUGUGAGCGUUUUUGGAGUGAACUGCGACAGCUCAUACCAAGUCUUCGGGUUGCGGGGUACCACCGUCGUCUCUUUGUGCUUGACAUGCAGAUGAGCCAUAUCACUGAUACGAAGUGCCUGGAUUUGGGGAAUUGGUUGCACCAUCACAUCACAAAUGCCAAGAAACGUCUCGAGUCGGCUCAACAGGCCCUCAAGGAGCAGAAUGUGGAUGACAUGCUGGAACAUUUCAAGGCACAGCGUCAGUAUCACUCGAAGCCUCAAGCUCGGCAAACCAAGACUCCCGUCCGCACCAAGAUCGAGGCCAUCAUGGGCUGGAAGGCAACCAUUGAGAGUUCUAGGUCACUUCUAGAAGACUUGAGGUGCAAUAUGCCUACCGGCUCUGAUUCAGUGGCGGAACUCCUCCUGGCAGAUUGGCAGGAACGCGUUGAUGUCCUUGACAGCAGCAUCGCGAGGCUGAGGAGUUCUGUAGAGAAGGCCACGAAGGAGUUGCAGGCUAAGGAUGAUACACAUGAGGAACUCAAGAAGGCAGAGAAGGAUGUAUGGGCAAAUGGCUUUUUGAACCUUCGUGUGCUGCGUGAUCAGUUACUCCGCAAAUUACUCGCUGACCAGAGUUUACGAGAUCAUGUGGACAAAGCAGUCUCUCGUCGUUCGGCUGGAGUUGAUGCCACUCUGAAGAAGUAUAACGAUAAGAUCUUACAAUUGGCUGAGAUGAGAGGGAGAAAUGGGGUUGCUGAAGAUGCAUGGCUUCCCUCACCGCUCAGAAAGGAGGGUCUCUAUAAGUUGGAUGUAGAUCAAGAUAUAUGGCAAGAUUGUGAUCCUUCACAGUUCGAAGAGCUACCGGCAUGGCUCGCUGAUCCAUGUGUAAAGGAAGAUGCGAGGCUGAACAUGCCAAUCUCCGUCAAUGGAUAUGGGAGGAGAGUUACUGAGCCGCUUCAUAAGCUACAAAAUCGCUGGGAAGGAAGUACCAAAACUUUCGAGAUCUCCGCUGGUACAAAAGAUUGGGCUCCCAAUGACCCUCCACCCUCUCUUCACGCGUUCCAUAGUCUGCCCGAAGUUCAGGCUCUUGCUAAACAUCAUAACCCAAACCAUUCACCCCCAGUCCACAGGGUGCCUGACGAUGGUUCUGUCAGGUCCGACAGCGACGAGAGUGAUAUGUUUGAAUUGAAUGGUUCAGAGGAAGAAGAUGAAAUGCUUGCACGGUUAAUAGAGGCAGCUGAGGCAGGUGGCGCAUCUCUAGAUUAG